AAACUAUGACCCCCGUCCGCGCGCCUCAUUCAUCCAAACGCAGCUCUGUGGCGCAUCUCCUCCCAGCUCUCAUCAGGGGAUCUUUCUUCCUCCUUACCUGAAAAACGCGACCAGCUGAGGAGAUGCUUCUGUGCCGGACUGCGCUCUGCUUCAGCCUUUUGGCCGCUCUGGUUCCAGCGGUUCUGAGCGAGCAGGAGGCGCAGCAGCAGCCGCCCUCCGCCGCCAGCCUCCCGGACGCGGAGCAGUGCCUCACCUGCGAAGUGCGGCAGCACAUGAAGACCAUGCGGCUGAACGCGAUCAAGUCCCAGAUUCUGAGCAAGCUGCGGAUGAAGGAGGCUCCGAACAUCAGCAGGGACACCGUGCAGCAGCUGCUCCCCAAAGCGCCGCCGCUGCAGCAGCUGCUCGACCAGUACGACGUGCUGGGAGACGACAGCAGGGAUUUGCUUCUGGAAGAGGACGACGAUCACGCGACUACAGAGACAGUGAUGAUCACGGCCUCUGAACCCAGCUCUGUGGUGCAGGUGGACGGCCAUCCAAAGUGCUGCUUCUUCUCCUUCAUCCAGAAGCUGCAGGCGAACCGGAUCGUCCGCGCGCAGCUCUGGGUCCACAUGCGUCCCGCCAGAGAAGCGACCACCGUCUUCCUGCAGAUCUCCCGCCUCAUGCCGGCCACGGAGGGGAAGAGGCACAUACGGAUCCGCUCCCUGAAGAUCGACGUCAGCGCCGGGGUCAGCUCGUGGCAGAGCAUCGACGUCAAACAGGUGCUGGCGGUGUGGCUGCGGCAGCCGGAGACCAACUGGGGCAUCCAGAUCAAUGCCUUCGACUCCACGGGGAAUGACCUGGCAGUGACCUCUGCAGAGCCUGGAGAGGAAGGACUGAGACCCUUCGUGGAGAUAAAGGUUUCAGAGGGCCCCCGGCGAGUCCGGAGGAACUCGGGUCUGGACUGUGAUGAAAACUCUCCGGAGACUCGCUGCUGCCGCUACCCGCUCACCGUGGACUUUGAGGCCUUCGGCUUCGACUGGAUUAUUGCCCCCAAGCGCUACAAGGCCUACUACUGCUCAGGAGAGUGUGAGUACAUGUACCUGCAGAAGUACCCGCACACUCACCUGGUCAACAAGGUCAACCCUAAAGGGUCCGUGGGCCCCUGCUGUACCCCCAGCAAGAUGUCCCCCAUCAACAUGCUCUACUUUAACCAAAACGAGCAGAUCAUCUACGGAACAAUCCCCGACAUGGUGGUGGACCGCUGCGGAUGCUCCUGAGUUCAGGGCCCCUCGCCCUCCUCCCCAUCUUCCACCCCAGACUUUCUGACCCGAACCGAUCCACCUGAUCCCACGCUCCUGCAGAAAAACCGUCUCCCUGCAGGGCGGCGCCUUCACCACCAGCAUAUUGUAGCUCUAACUUCCUGCCAAACUUUAACCAUCGAGGCUUGAAGCCGGAAGGCUGCAAGAACCGAAAACCACCCGAUGGAUCUCAGAACCGACGAAGGUGGAAACGAUCCAAGUUAACCGAACAUUUCUGUAUUUCCGUCUCCUGCUCCAUAACCGACUGUCCUCCUGCCAUGGCCCUUACACAUUAACACACCCGCUUCUAAGCUUCGCUAUGUUUGUGAGGACCAGUUAAUGAGUCAAGUCUUCCUCUCCGACAGCUCAAGACCCACCGGUGAGACAUUUCACCCCCGAUACAUCGCUACCAACACUAGAACGUUCAGAAAACCACCAAACCAGAGCCCAACAAUCCGUUUUAGCUCAUAACUUGGCUUUUCAUCAGAGGCCGGCUCUGGUAUCCGGUUAGAAGCCCGGCGCACGUGAACGGUCCUGAUUGUAACUUCCCCUCUCUAGACGGAAGGACUGAGGAAGGCAGCCUGAGGAAGAGGAGAGGAAAUGUGUGAAUGUGGAGAUGGUGUCUUACAAACAACAGUUUGCACUAUGGCACACCAAUGGGACGAGUUGGUUGCUACAAAAUGAAGUUGUAAAAACUGAUCUUGAUAUGUUUGAUAAUUUGUGUUGUGUGCAGUUGUUUCCGUUGGGAGGAGUCCUCCUUGGCCACCGGUGGUGAGUGUAUAAAACCACAAUGUAGCAAAUAAAACAUGUUAUACAGAAAAUAUCUACUUAUAUUCAGCAAAUAAAGUCUUUAGCUUGUUUGUUGA